AUUUUCCCUCUCUCUCACCCCCUGUGGGUUCUUGAUUCAGAUUUGCAUUGAAAACAACAAAUCAAAUGCAGGUGGUACUUGGUAUGGACACAGUUCAUUCUGAUAUGGGCAGUGUACUCAUCAUUCUUCACACCGCUGGAGUUCGGAUUCUUCAGAGGAGUGCCAGAGAACAUAUUCCUCCUCGACAUCGCCGGACAAUUCGCUUUCCUCAUCGACAUCGUUGUUCAUUUCUUCGUUGCCUACCGCGACGCCCAUUCUUACCGCAUGGUCUACAAUCACAACCUAAUCGCCAUUCG